AUGCCGUCUCAGUAUUCGAAGCAGAUGUCCCCGGGUAUGCAGGAGAUUGGUCAUAUGUCAAGCAAGGAGAUUGAUGAUGCCAAUCUGGCGCGUAUGGGAAAGCGUCCCGUUUUGAAGCGCAACUUUGGGUUGAUGUCGAUGCUGGGUUUCAGUUGUACAAUUUUGAUUACUUGGGAAGGUAUUGUGGUGCUUUUCUUGCAGGCUUAUCAGAAUGGAGGUCCAGCUGGAGCAGUAUAUGGAUUUCUCUUCGUUUGGGCGGGUGUCGCAGCGACAUUUGUGGUUCUAUCGGAAUUGGCAUCAAUGGCUCCAACCUCGGGAGGACAGUACCAUUGGUGCUCCAUGCUAGCCCCACGAUCUUGUAUGAAAUUGAUGAGCUAUCUCACAGGCUGGCUUACUGUGAUCGGAUGGCAAGCUACAUUCGCUACAUCUUGCUAUCUUGUUGGUACAUUGAUUCAAGGCCUGGUCGUGCUCACAAACGAUACCUACGAGCCCAAAAAUUGGCAUGGCACUCUUCUCUUCUGGGCAAUCGUGGUGUUCUCUGUCGGCAUCAACAGCGUCGGAGGAAAAGUUCUUCCUCGUUUUGAGGGCAUGAUUCUGAUUUUGCAUAUUCUGGGGUUUUUCGCGAUUCUUAUCCCGCUGACUUAUAUGGCGGAUCACGGAACAUCGAAAGAGGUUUUUACAGAGUUCCUCAACUUGGGAGAGUUCCCUUCUCAAGGACUCUCUUUCUUCGUCGGAACUGUUGGCUGCAUUUUUGCGUUCGCCGGUGGUGAUGCAGCGGUUCAUAUGUCCGAAGAGAUCACAAAUGCUUCGGUUGCAGUUCCGACCUCAAUCAUGUUGAGUGUAUUGAUCAAUGGAUCCUUGGGUUUCGGCAUGUUGAUCGCCAUGCUUUUCUGCAGCGGCGAUCUAGGCUCAGCUUUGGAUUCUCCAACCGGGUACCCUUUUAUGUCGAUUUUCUAUCAGGCAACAGGGUCGAUUGCUGGAACUGCCGUAAUGGGCUCAAUCGUCACUACCAUGGGUGCCACAACAUCAGUUGGCAUGUUGGCGUCCACAUCCCGUCAGUUCUGGUCUUUCGCUAGAGACCGAGGCAUUCCUGGCUGGCGAGUGUGGAGUAAGGUCACUGAGGGUACUGCUAUCCCCCUUUAUUCUGUGUUUGCGACAUCCGUCAUCGCCUGUCUUCUCGCCCUCAUCAACAUCGGCUCGCCUGUCGCAUUCAACGACCUUUGCUCCAUGUCUAUCUCUGGUCUUUACCUAUCAUACAUGGUUGUUGGAAGUCUUCUUCUUUGGCGUCGCUGCACGGGUGGAAUCAGCUCCGUUCGUAGCAGCGACUCGGCUGUCGUCAAUACUGCCGGCGCGAAGCUUGUCUGGGGACCUUUCCACCUGCCUGGAAUCUGGGGCAUUGCUAUCAAUGCCUGGGCUCUGAUCUACAUGACUAUUGCUGUCUUCUUUACAUUCUGGCCCACCUCUUGGGUGGUGAAUGUUCAAACGAUGAACUAUAGUGUGGUUGGGACUUUGGGUACAAUUGUUCUCAGUCUUUUCUAUUACUUUGUGCGUGCGAGAAAGGUUUACAAUGGACCGGUGAUGGAGUUUAGCUCAUAA